UUGAUUCAUCACCCCAUUUAGAAUAAAUAAACAUAUUACUUCUAUCUCUCCCACAUUCACUUCCAUUGGCCUAUUUUAGUAGUGCACCUUUUCAAAUAUGCUAGCCUCUGUCGAAGAAGAACUUGGCACACCAAAACAACCAAGGAAUCAACAUUCUCAGCAAUCAGAAGCACCAAAUUCCCUUGCCAACACUAGAGCAAUUUUCAGGCAACCUCGACUUCAAAGGACAAAACCAAUUAUAUGGUGUGCUGCAAUACUGUGCUUCAUAUUCAGCCUAGUGCUUAUCUUCUUUGGAAUUGCAACACUGAUUCUCUACCUUUCCAUGAAACCACGAAACCCCACGUUUGACAUUCCCAAUGCAAGCCUCAAUGUGGUGUACUUUGACUCACCACAGUACCUCAAUGGUGAAUUCACUCUCCUUGCAAAUUUUUCCAAUCCUAACAGGAGAAUUGGGCUGAGGUUUGAGUCCUUGAACAUUGAGCUUUUCUACUCAGACAGACUCGUGUCUUCACAAACAAUCAAGCCUUUCACUCAAAGGCCAAGGGAAACCAGGCUGCAAUCAGUGAACUUGAUAUCAAGCUUGGUGUUUUUACCGCAAGAUGUUGGUGUAAAACUUCAAAGGCAAGUGGAGAAUAACAGGGUCAAUUACAAUGCAAGGGGAACAUUUAAGGUGAGGUUCAAUAUUGGCCUUGUCCAUUUAUCUUACUCUCUGUAUAGCACAUGCCAGAUAGAGAUGACUAGUCCUCCAGCUGGUAUUCUAGUAGCAAGACAAUGCAUAACAAACCGAUGAUGAAGAGCCAACAAAAAUGAUAGAAUUCUUUGUGGGUUUUUUUUUUUCUAGUUUUCUACUUUAUUAAUUAGGAGAUAUAGCUAAUGGUAAAUACCAGUGUGCAAAACAGUGAUAUGAUUUUUUUUUUUUGUGAGGAAUGAAAAAGAGAAUAUUAGAGGAUAUAUAUAUACCAUAUGAUUUUAAUUGAUAUUUUAUUGUUUUUAUUUGUAAAUAGAGACUUGAGUGGAGGGUGUUGAAGCCCUUCCAUACCAGAAAUAUGUUGUGGAUGGAGUUUUUAUUUUAUCUUCAUCUACUAGUUUGUUUUCCAGAA